GUCCUCGAACGAGAAGACCAAAGAAAUCGGGGAUAAAAUCUCUGGGAACCACCGCGCCUCUUCCAGAAGAAAAACGGCCGAGGACAGCUUUUUCCGGUGCCCAGUUAGCAAGACUGAAACACGAGUUUGCGGAAAACCGAUACCUCACGGAAAAACGCCGGCAACAGUUGAGCGCAGAACUAGGCUUGAACGAAGCUCAAAUCAAAAUUUGGUUUCAAAACAAGCGGGCGAAAAUCAAAAAGGCGUCCGGCCAGAAAAACCCGUUAGCCCUCCAACUGAUGGCCCAGGGACUGUACAAUCACUCUACGAUUCCUUUGUCGAAGGAAGAGGAGGAAUUGCAGGACAUGCACGAUAGUUCCUCGGCUUCGUAGGAAAGAGGAUCGAUGUUUCAGAAUAGUUUCAAUGUAUAAUUAGGCAAUUUCUUUGUUUGGUGAUAAUUUCAUGCUUCCAAUUUCGAUACUCUUCAUUUCCGAAGGUACAGUUGCUUCCAUGAGAUGUCGAAUUCUGUAGCACUGCUACAAAAACGGGAGGUAGAAAGAAGGAUUUGAUAGACAGUUACUUAUGUGGAAAGUGGAUUAGCUGUUUCCACUGUAGAAAUUCUUGAUGUAGUAGAUUUUUUCAAUGGCGUUGAAUGGAUCAAGAAACUCUCAGAAGUUGACUUAUUGCGGUAACUAUGUCGAUAUUUAUUGAAUAAAUUAUUUACUCACAGAAAAUUAUCAUGAAUGACAAAUGAUUAAUAUGAGUUACAAUUUCGAGCAAUAGUUUCAAAUUCUUCAUUCUAUUGAUUUCUAAGCGUUUCGUAAGACUGAGAUUUGAACCAAUCUCUCCCAAAUGCAA